UGAGAAACGCCUAGGGUUCUUCCGGCUAGCUUCACAAGGUGGUGGGUUAGACGAUUUGGGUUCGAAGCCUCACCCAUUCUAAUUAUUUAAUAUUAGGUCAUUCUCCAAUAUUCGCGUCUAAUGCAUUAUUGACGCCACUAGCAAGGCCACAUUUGUGUACUUAUACUCUAUAAAGCCAUUGGUGAUGUGCUUGUACAUUGCACCCAUGCAUCUACACACGCAUCAAGCUAAGGACAUGGAAACGCUUGGGAGGAGGAGGAGAGUGGCCGUCCUUGCAUGGUGCAAUGCCAUUGCAAUGGCGCUAGCUCUAGCGACACCGGUGGCGGCUGUCGCUGCCAACCACGGCGACACGGCGGCGGCGAAGGACAAUGUGGCCGUCGUCCCGAGGAUUGCCGCCUCGGCGGCGGCGGCGGCGUCGAGCGUGAACGUCACGGCCAUCUGCAUGGCGACGCCGUACCCGAGCGCGUGCGAGACGGCGCUCUCGUCGGCGGCGGCGCGGGGCGCGGCCAACGACCCGUUCGCGGCGUCGGUGCAGUUCGCGAUGACCCGCGCCGAGUCGGCGCGCGCGCUGGCGCGCAACCUGUCGGCGUCGUCGUCGAGGCCACGCGUGGCGCCGAGCGGCAUGGACGACUGCGCCGAGCUGCUCGACAUCAGCCUCGACCAGCUCCACGACGCGCUCGCCGCGCGCGCCGCGGACGCGGCCGGCGUGACGACGUGGCUCAGCGCCGCGCUGACGAACCAGGGCACGUGCGGCGACAGCCUCGCCGCCGUUCCCGACCCCGCGGCGCGCUCCGCCGUACGCGCCCGGGUCGCCGCGCUCGAGCAGUUCAUCGGCACGGCGCUGGCUCUCCACGCCAAGCUCAACAAUGGCGGCAGCGGGAGCUCCUCGCCGGCGCCGCCGAGCCGCGCCGCGUUCCCAUCCUGGGUCACCAAGCACGACAGGCACCUCCUCUCAUCCCCGGCGAGCACCAUCGCGCCGGACGCCGUGGUGGCCCUCGACGGCAGCGGGACGCACACGAGCAUCAGCGACGCGAUCGCCGCCGUGACCGCGCCGCCGCCGCCGGCGCACCACCCCACGGCGAGCGGCGGCGGCGGCGGCGGACGGAGCCGAAAGGUGAUCUACGUGAAGGCUGGGAGGUACGAGGAGAGCGUGAGCAUCACGAGCAAGCAGAAGGACGUGAUGCUGCUCGGCGACGGCAAGGGGAAGACGGUCAUCUCCGGCCACCGGAGCGUCGCCGGCGGCUACACCACCUACGCCUCCGCCACCGUCGCUGCAAUGGGGUCGGGGUUUAUAGCCAAGGGCCUGACGAUCGUGAACAGUGCCGGGCCGGGGAAGGGCCAGGCGGUGGCGCUGCGCGUCGGCGGCGACCUCUCUGUCGUGUACAAUUGCGGCAUUGAGGCGUACCAGGACACGCUCUACGUGCACUCCAACCGGCAGUUCUACGCCGCCGACGACAUCUCCGGCACGGUGGACUUCAUCUUCGGCAACGCCGCGGCGGUCAUCCAGGGCUGCGAGAUCCGGGCCCGGCGGCCCAGCCCGGGCCAGGAGGACACCGUCACGGCCCAGGGCCGGUCCGACCCGAACCAGAACACCGGCAUCUCUAUCCAUCGGUGCCGGAUCACCGGCGCGCCGGACCUCGGCGGCACGCCGGUGUAUCUGGGCCGUCCGUGGCGGAGGUACUCACGGACGGUCGUGAUGGGGACGUUCCUGGACCGUUCGAUCGCACCGGCCGGGUGGCUCGAGUGGUCGGGCCAGUUCGGGCUCAGCACGCUCUACUAUGGCGAGUACGGCAACACCGGGCCUGGCGCGGGGACACGUCGGCGGGUGACGUGGAGCGGCGUGCACACGUCGAUGUCCACGUCGGACGCCACGAGGUUCACCGUGGCAAACUUUAUCGUUGGGGAUGCGUGGCUACCUGCCACUGGAGUUACCUACACUUCAGGUCUGUAGUGGCGUACUAGUAGCGAAAAAGAAAAAAAUGAAGAUGGUGUUGUGUUCUGUUCUCUGUAUCACCUGAUUAAUUAACUUGGAGCUAAAUUGCAUGUUGUUAACUAGUAAUUUUUAUUUGCU